AUGGGAAAAUUGUUAAUGCAAUGCAAGCUCAUUGUUUGGGAUGAGUGCACAAUGGCACAUAAGAAAUCACUUGAAGCACUUAACUUCACACUGAAGGAUCUUCGGAGAAAUAACAACAUCUUUGGCGGCUUGAUGAUAUUGUUGGCAGGCGAUUUCAGGCAGACGUUGCCAGUAGUUCCCCGUGGAACGCCUGCAGAUGAAUUGAAUGCUUGCCUAAAGGCAUCACCUUUAUGGAAUAACGUAAAAACAUUAUCGCUAACCACUAAUAUGAGAGUUCAACUUCAAAAUGAUCAAAGUGCUGCACAAUUUUCCAAACAAUUGUUAGAUCUUAGAAAUGGAAAAGUCCCAGUUGAUGCGACAUCUGGAUUAAUUACUCUUACCAACGACUUUUGCCGAUUUGUAGACACUCAAUUAGUUCUUAUUGAAAAUGUUUUCCCAAACAUUAGUGAGAAUUAUAAGAAUUAUGCUUGGUUAAGUCAACGAGCAAUUCUUGCAGCAAAGAAUAAUGAUGUCCACGCACUGAAUUUCACCAUUCAAUCAAAAAUUGCUGGCGAUUUGGUGACAUACAAAUCCGUUGAUUCAAUAACAAAUCCCGAUGAUGUAGUAAAUUAUCCAACGGAGUUUUUGAACUCUCUGGAGAUACCAGGAUUUCCACCACAUAACUUGCAACUGAAAGUUGGUACAGUUAUUUUGAUACUGCGUAAUUUGAAUCCACCGCGACUUUGCAACGGUACUCGACUUUCGGUAAAGAGACUUAUGCCGAAUUUAAUUGAGGCAACCAUUAUUAACGGAAAGUACGCAGGUGAAAAUGUAUGUAUUCCUCGAAUACCAAUGAUUCCGACUGAUCUUCCGUUUGACUUCAAACGAUUGCAAUUCCCAGUUCGCCUUGCGUUCGCAAUGACAAUUAAUAAGUCGCAAGGCCAAUCGCUUAGUGUUUGCGGGAUAAAUUUGGAAAAUCAUUGUUUUUCACAUGGACAGUUAUACGUUGCGUGUUCACGAGUUGGGAAACCAUCCGCUUUGUUUGUGUUAACGUCAGACCAAAAAACAAAAAAUGUGGUUUACCAAAGAGCACUACAAUGAAACAAUUAAAUAACACUUCAUUUUAGUAGGUAAUUGAAAUGAAUUUAUUACUGUUGUGAAAUGAAAUAAAUAUUUUCCUUUUCAAAUAUAUAACAAAAAAAAUUUUUUUUCUUUAUCUUUUAAUCACCAAACGAAAUGUUACAUAAAACGAAUCUGGUGGCGAAACGGAGUUCGCCGGGUCU